GUAUCUGAAAGGUGUAUUUGGUCAGAACGAUAUUGUGAUUUUUCUCUCUGGAUCAGUUUGUGCUCCUGCAGGAUCAACUGUGGCUCUGGGGUCCAAUUGUUUAUAUCCUGGAAGGAUAUUUCAGUCAUGGAAACACAGAAUAAAUAAUACUGAAACUCUAGCAGAUCCCAGCAAGGACUCCCGGUACAGAUAUAUUAAAGAGUUUCCAAGGUGUUACCUACUAAUUCAUGGUCUAAAAGAGACAGACGCUGGCACAUAUUACAUGAGCUUCAGUUACAGAGAAGGAGACAUCAUCUUUACCUCGAAUAGUCGAUCAGACUUCACUGUGCAUGUCACAGAUCUUCAGGUGUCUGUGGGCUCUGAUCGUGUGACUGAAGGUCAGAACAUCACACUGACCUGUAAGACCAGCUGUCCUCCAAAACAAACCUUUAUCUGGUUCAAGAACGGGCUUCGUUUGGAUCUCUAUAAUUCCGGUGAUCAGCUGCAUGUUUCUGCGGUGAGCCGUGAGGAUUCAGGCCGAUAUUCGUGUGCACUGGAACACUUUGAAACGUUCCCGUCGGCCGAGACGAUCCUCGAUGUCACCUAUGUGGCGUAUGAGAGCGCUGGAAUCAUAACGCUGUCGUCGCUCCUGAUUCCUGUCGUUCUUCUGCUGGUUUGUGCUGCUCUGUGGGUGAUGUGA